AUGCAUUUCCAAUCUCCGCUUCUUACAGGCCUCUUCGCCGGUCUUGCCCUUGGCUCAACCAUCACAGUCGGCACGAAUUCGGAUGGCAAGUGUGUCCUCAGAGCCGACGGCGCCCCCGACUGCACUGGCGAUUCAGGACCCGUCGGCGGUGCUCCCGAAGACAAUGACUGCUCCAAGGUGCUUGCUCUCAAAAAGGAUGGCGGGGCCCAGGUCACUUAUGAGAAUGGUGAUGGCAAGCUCUACUGCACCUUGGCCGAUUUGAAGGUGGGCACCUCGUGUACUCUGGGCACCACAGCCCCCGAGGAGCCAUCAGGGCAGGAUGGAGGCCCAGUCCGAGCUCGUCAGCUGCGGGCAUAA